GGAUUGAGGUUGCGGCGGGAGAGGCCGGUUGCUGGGAGUGAGACAGUUACGGGAGCCGGAGCCGGUGGGCGCGCGCGGCUUGCGGGCGCCAGGGUCGGGGGCAAGGGUCUGUGGUGAGGAGCCAUGACGACCUCCCAGAAACAUCGGGACUUUGUGGCCGAGCCCAUGGGAGAGAAGCCUGUGGGGAGCCUGGCAGGCAUCGGGGAAGUGCUGGGCAAGAAGCUUGAGGACAAGGGCUUCGAUAAGGCCUAUGUGGUUCUGGGCCAGUUCCUGGUGCUGAAAAAAGACGAAGACCUGUUCCGCGAGUGGCUCAAAGACACGUGCGGGGCCAACGCCAAGCAGUCCCGGGAUUGCUUCGGUUGCCUGCGGGAGUGGUGCGACGCCUUCUUGUGAGCCAGUCGCUGGGGGCCGGCCCCCCUAGCCUGCCGUGGGCCUUCACACCCAGCACCCCGAGUGGGAGUCCUGCCCCUCCCUCACCUCCCACAAAAGGAAAGAUUUUUGCUGCCGCCCCCACCCCAGACCCCUUCCCCUCUCCACCAUCAUUUCCACUCGAGCCUCCUUUCCACACCUCAGCAUGCCUCCCCUCCGUAAAUUUCAGUGGCGAUAGUUACUAGCUUUCCUGGGUGGGUCUUGGAGUGGCUUCCCCACCCUGUAAGCCCCCACUUUUGGUCUCUUUUAUGCCGUUUGGAUAACUUUGGCAGAAGGACGUUCACUGCCAUUGCAAAGAGUUUUUUAAAAACCAAUAAAGUCAGCAGCCUUGA